AUGUCCUCUGUUAGUCCUGAAAAUGAAGGUUUGAAAAAAGGUGAGGUGAACUUUAAAGCUAAUGGACAAACACAAAGGAUUGUUUCAAUAGUACUUGGAGUGCUGCUGACAUUAGCCGUUACAGCUUUUAUAACGAUUCUUGCCAUACAUCUGAAAGCGGUUGAUGGUGGUUGGAGCUCGUGGGGAGAGUGGUCAACCUGCUCACUAACAUGUGGUUCCGGGGGCAAGUCUAGAGAGAGAAGUUGUACCAACCCUUCCCCACAAUACGGAGGGGCUGACUGCAGCGGAGAAUCGGAAGAGACGGUACCCUGUAAUACCCAAGGAUGCCCAGCGGUUGAUGGUGGUUGGAGCUCGUGGGGAGAGUGGUCAACCUGCUCACUAACAUGUGGUUCCGGGGGCAAGUCUAGAGAGAGAAGUUGUACCAACCCUUCCCCACAAAACGGAGGGACUGACUGCAGCGGAGAAUCGGAAGAGACGGUACCCUGUAAUAUCCAAGGAUGUCCAGCGGUUGAUGGUGGUUGGAGCUCGUGGGGAGAGUGGUCAACUUGCUCACUAACAUGUGGUUCCGGGGGCAAGUCUAGAGAGAGAAGUUGUACCAACCCUUCCCCAAAGUACGGAGGGGCUGACUGCAGCGGAGAAUCGGAAGAGACGGUACCCUGUAAUAUCCAAGGAUGUCCAGCGGUUGAUGGUGGUUGGAGCUCGUGGGGAGAGUGGUCAACCUGCUCACUAACAUGUGGUUCCGGGGGCAAGUCUAGAGAGAGAAGUUGUACCAACCCUUCCCCACAAUACGGAGGGGCUGACUGCAGCGAAGAAUCGGAAGAAACGGUACCCUGUAAUACCCAAGGAUGCCCAGUUAAUGGUGGAUGGGGCCCGUGGGGACCCUGGUCAACCUGCUCAAGACCCUGUGGUGGUGGAAAUAAACAUAUCAGCAGAAGUUGUAAUAACCCUUCCCCACAAAAUGGAGGGACCGACUGCGGUGGUCCGGCAAGAGUAUGGAUGAUAUGUAAUAGACAGGCGUGCACAAGGAAAUAAUGAUCUCAGAAGUUAAAGAGGAAUGUAUGGUAAAAGAAGGAGACGAAAUACUCUGGAUGAUCUUGUGUAAUCGGUAUUGGAUAUGAAUCGACAGCCAUACUUUCAGAGCUUUUAGAAAAUUGUAUAUGUCUUGUCAUUGAUUUGAACUGUCUAAUACUUUGUGAAUCUUCUGCUUUUAUUAAGGCUUCAAAAGAUUC